UGAAAGCGUGUAUCGUGUUCAUGUAAAAUCGCUGAUGUUGGAAAUAGAAACAGUCUAAAGUCUUCUCUUGCUAAUUGCUAUUAGCUUGUCGUGUCGCAGCAUAACAGAUAGCAGAUAUGGUUGUUGCUGAAACUACUUCGGUUAACGCAAAAACCAAUGAAACAGAAGAUGGAACAUUGGGGAAAGAAGGAUCCGUCUUCACCCUCGAAAUCCUGAAAAUAAUAACUGAUGCUCAGCAGCAGCAUGGGCUACGUCACAGUGAUUACCAGCGUUAUAGGGGCUAUUGCACCCGGCGUCUGAGUAGGCUGAGAAAAACAUUACGUCUCCCUCAGGGUGAUAAAAGACAUUUUAAAAGGCGAGAUGUGACUGAAGCACAUCUGAAAGACGUCAAGUUUCUUUACAUCCCCCUGGUGUUGACAGAAAGAGCAUGGAGUUACGCUAUGCAACUAAGGCAAGAAUCAAACACAGAGCUGAGAAAAAAGUUUCAACUUGUGUCAAAACUUCGUAAAGCUGUUCAUUACGCUGAACAGCUAGAAGCCCUGUGUCAAUCUGAUCUUUGUGAUGCAAGGAGUAAAUUGGAAGCUCAGGCAUAUGCUGCCUGGAUUAAAGGUAGUUACUAUCUGGAAACGAAGAAUUGGAAGCAAGCCAUGGAUAAUUUCCAGCAAGCUCAAGUAGUGUAUGAAAAACUAUGCACAGCUGUUGAUGAAGUUGAUCAAUCGAUCUAUAAAGGAAAAUGUGAAGAAUUGGUCCCAAAUUUGCGUUAUUGUGCAUAUAACAUUGGUGAUAAUUCAGCAAUUUCUGAUCUUAAAUCUCUCCACGGCCAUGCACAAGGGGACAUAUUAGAUGCGCUUGAUCGCCUCUUGACUGAAGCCAGAAACAAGGAAGUAGGGAGUAAAGUUGAAGUUACAUGGAGGAACCGUUCAGUCCCUGUACGGCCGGCUAGCGUAAGUACAUUUUUAGUUGCUGAAGAAGAAAUGCCGACAUUAGAUGAGCCCAGCGAGGCGAACAUUGGCAAAUUAGAGCGUCACAUCUUUAACUGCAAAGAUGCCAUUGCUUCUGUUAAGGAUGAACUUGCUGCUAUGAAAGGAAAACCAGAAAGUGUCGUCAGUCCAAUUCAGUAUUUGCUCACAUAUUUAACCCACAUACGCUUAACAAGGAGUAACCAGCGCACUUUACUUAUGAUUGCAAAGAGUUCAGGAGAUGGAGACAUAAAAAAAGCAAAGCCUCAGGAUUUCAUUCGUCUGUAUGAACUUGUUUUACAAAAUUUUAAUGAAAUGCAACAACUGCCUUGUUUAGAAACUGAUUUAGAGUAUCAGGCAGAUGUCCAGUCAUCUAUUAAGGCCUACAAAUGUUUUAGAUGCUACUAUAUUGGAGAAGCCUUAACCAACACAAAAAAAUUCCGAGAAGCUUUGGCGAUGUAUGAUAAAGCAGAUUUAUAUUGUGUUCAAGUUGAUAAAUCAAGAGUUGAUGAGUUACUGCAGAAACAGUUGGCCGAUGUACAUAUUAAAGUUAAAGCUGCGAAAAGCUCAUGCCUCGCUCAGGCAGUGUUGCAGGCAGCCGAUGACACAAAAUCAACUGUCGGAACCAUUCCAGUGGACAAGAAACAAGCAUCAAAGGUUGCUCUUGUGGAUCGAUUGGAUGAGUAUCUCGAAGAUCCGAAACUAGCUACUAAACAAGCAAAUAUAAUCAAGCUACCUCCUGAAAUGCAGCCAAUCCCUUGCAAGCCUCUAUACUUUGACGUCGCCAUGAACUAUCUCUCGUUUCCAUCUCUCGAAGACAAAUUGGAAAAGAAGACAAACCAAGGGCAAUCGUCUCUUACCAGCUUUGUCAAAGGCAUUUGGGGUUGGGGAGGAAAGAAGUGAUCUUAUAUACUGUAUUAACGUUUUUUAAAGUACAUUGCUUUAACAUAAAAACUUAGUUUUCAUUUUGUAGCAGUGUAUUUUACAAAUUUAUUAAUAAAACCAACAAAGUUUUUUUUUGCUGAUAAAAUAUUGUCAGCAAUGUACUACACCAAAAUAUUACAGGAAUACGACCCGAAUCCAGUUGUACACUGAAUGGAUGAGAUCGUUGAAAUAUUUUUAUGCCAGUGUUUGUUAAAAAUUUAUUGAAUCAGUAAUAAAAUAAAUUGUUUGAACUUGAA